AAGAAAAAGCGGCAGUAAUCUGGCGGUUUUAUCAGCACUUUUCUCGCUUCUCCUGCACGUGUUUCAUGACAGCUGCAUGGCUUCCAAAUAAAGUCGUUAUUUCUCCCAGAGGGUAACCGCUGGCAGUAAACAACACCUCCAAAAAGUCGACGUCAGUUUGUCUUCAGCUGUGGGGUAAGCUUCACACACCACCAUGAAGUACAUCCUGGUUACUGGUGGUGUCAUUUCUGGGAUUGGUAAAGGCAUCAUUGCCAGCAGUGUGGGAACAAUCCUGAAAUCAUGCGGCCUUCACGUUACUGCCAUCAAAAUAGACCCAUAUAUUAAUAUUGAUGCUGGCACCUUUUCGCCUUAUGAACACGGGGAGGUGUUUGUUCUUGAUGAUGGUGGAGAAGUGGACCUGGACUUGGGGAACUAUGAGCGUUUCCUUGAUAUUCGUCUUACCAAAGAUAACAAUCUUACUACUGGAAAAAUUUACCAGUCAGUCAUCAACAAGGAGAGGAGGGGAGACUACCUGGGCAAGACCGUACAAGUGGUACCUCACAUCACAGAUGCCAUCCAGGAGUGGGUGAUGAAGCAGGCUAAGAUCUCAGUGGAUGAUGAUGGUGUUGAGCCUCAGGUUUGUGUAAUAGAGCUGGGAGGCACAGUUGGAGACAUUGAGAGCAUGCCCUUUAUUGAGGCCUUUCGACAGUUCCAAUUCAAAGUCAAGAGGGAAAACUUCUGCAACAUCCACGUGAGCCUGGUACCACAGCCCAGUGCCACAGGAGAGCAGAAAACCAAACCAACUCAAAACAGUGUCAGAGAGCUCAGAGGAUUUGGAUUGUCUCCGGAUUUGAUUAUGUGCCGCUGUGCAACAGCAUUAGAAACUGCUGUGAAGGAGAAGAUCUCCAUGUUCUGUCAUGUGGAGCCCACGCAGGUGAUCUGUGUCCAGGAUGUCCCCUCAGUCUACAAAGUUCCCCUGCUGCUGGAGGACCAGGGUGUGGUCAGCUUCUUGUGUCAGCGGCUCAGCCUUCCUGUUGACAUGCGGCCCAGGAAGAUGCUCACAAAGUGGAAGGAAAUGUCUGAGAGAUCUGACCGUCUUCUGGAGCGUGUUUCCAUUGCCCUCGUGGGGAAGUACACAAAGUUGUCCGACUCGUAUACCUCGGUUAUUAAGGCCCUUGAGCACUCAGCCCUUGCUAUUAACCACAAAUUAGAUGUGAAGUACAUCGACUCUGCAGACUUGGAGGCCAGCACUCAAGAGGAUGACCCUGUGAAAUAUCAUGAAGCCUGGCAAAAGCUCUGCAGCGCUCAUGGUGUGCUGGUGCCAGGAGGUUUUGGUGUGAGAGGGACAGAAGGCAAGAUUCUAGCCAUUAACUGGGCCAGGAAACAGAAUAAGCCAUUCCUGGGAGUAUGUUUGGGCAUGCAGCUGGCAGUGUGUGAGUUUGGCCGCAACAUUCUCGGUUGGCAAGAUGCCAAUUCAACAGAAUUCAAUCCAGAGUCCACGCACCCUGUGGUGAUUGAAAUGCCAGAGCAUAACCCAGGUCAGAUGGGUGGAACGAUGAGGUUGGGGAAAAGACGGACCAUUUUCAAUUCCAGCACUAGUGUACUGAGAAAACUAUAUGGAGAUGUGGAAUAUGUUGACGAGAGGCACAGACACAGAUUUGAGGUUAACCCUGAGCUGAAGCACCACUUUGAAGUACAAGGUUUCCACUUUGUGGGCCAGGAUGAGGAAGGACAGAGGAUGGAGAUAAUUGAGUUAGACGAUCACUGUUACUUUGUUGGGGUACAGUACCAUCCAGAGUUCACCUCCAGACCCAUCAAACCUUCUCCUCCAUACUUUGGGCUCCUGCUCGCAGCGGUAGGAAAACUCCAGGGCUUCAUUUCCAAAGGCUGUCGCCUCUCUCCCCGAGACACUUACAGUGAUCGCAGCAGCAGCAGUUCUUCUGAAGAUGAUCUCUCUGAACUGAAGUUCCCUUCAUUGUCAUAAGACUGAAGUGUUGCAUGUGUGUGUGCAUCAUUCAUGCAGACGGUGCGUGGGGGCAGCAAAGGUCUACCCUGUACUUACGCUUCAGAUUCAAGAUUUAUUUUUAACCUCUUACACUUCGGAGAGGGGUACUGCUAUUAAUAAUUUAUAUUUUUAUUAUCUUUUUUUGUUGUAACUUUGUGGUUUUAGUGUUUUUAUAAAGGUAAAGUCCUGUCUUGCCUUUAGUCUCCUCCAAAAGAUCAGGUCUCUUGUUUUUGCUGAACACGUUUGGGUUUGAGAUAAAAUGAUGAAUGUGAGAAGACUGGAAUGUUGGCUUUUAUUUCUUGGUGUUUACAGCUUGAUGCGUUUAACAAAAUAGAACAUCACACUUGUUGUGUCAGACAACCCGCUUUUUGGGGCAAGCAAUAAUAUGGGAACAUGUGAUCCAGGUGUGUCUUGUCAGAUUGUUGAAACAUGAAAUGGCUGAGACUGCAUCGGUUUUAGCCUCUGGGUUCACCCGUGAAGAUGGCAGGUGACGUUAAAAAGGAUAAGCCAAAAGUAAGACCAGAUAGCAGUCUGUGGAAGGAGGGUAAAGGGGCAUUUACACGAGCAUGCCUUUGCUGGAGAGUAAACUCGUCUUUAACGGGUGCAGUCCAGACGGGCGCCGGUGCGUGUUAUUGCACACAGAGAAAUUUGAAAUGUUCAAAAAAUCUUUCACGCACAAAUGUCGUGCUAUGUGGCGCGAUCUAAUCUCCAACACGACGUGCAGCUCAUCAAGUGGAGUAAACAAGUGAACAGAGCGAGUGG